AUGCAGUUUUCACUUGCCGUUCUUGCGGCUCUGGUGCCGGCCAUCUGGGCUCAAUGCCCAAGUGUCGAAUUCAUCUACGCGCGAGCAACGACCGAACCUCCGCAGAACUAUGGAAACGACUUUGACGGAGCCGCUGCUCAGACCUGGUCCAGGGGAUAUGGAGCGGCCGGUUACUCUCUGUUCACCAACAUAACUGCCUUGAUUCCUGACGCCGCUGGACAUCCGGUCCAUUAUCCUGCAAGCAUGGGAGAUUCUAUGCCUAUUGGCGUGCAAGAUUACCUAUCACACCUUGGGGAAACCGCCCAGCGUUGCCCUGACACCAAGUUCGCCCUGGGAGGACACUCCCAAGGAGGUAUGGUCACUGUCCAAGUGAUUCCUCAAAUCCCGGCGAACAUCCUUUCUCGUGUCAUCUCAGUGACAAUGUUCGGUUCUCCGGCUUGCCCAACGCAGGUAUCUGGUCGGUGCAUGUCAUACUGCCAUAGUGGUGACUUUGUAAGUGAUAGCGCC